AUGGAUGAGUUCCGCCUGUAUAACCGGGCGCUUACCGCUACGGAGAUUACGGCUACCUGGAAUCAGCCGUUACCGCUCACUCCCUGCGCCGGGCCGCCCACUGCCGGUACGGCUACAGCAUCACCGGCAGUACCUUGUUAUGGUGCUCCCAGCACGUUGUACCUGACAGGCUCUACCUCUGCUUCAGGACUUACUUAUGCGUGGGAAAGUAAUAAUGGGGCCGGAUGGCUACGCAUCGCCGGCGCCACCAACAGCUCGUAUGUGAUUGCAUCGGCUACCGGCAAUACACAGUACCGGGCCUGGGUGAAGUGUGGGAAUGAUUCAACAGUAUCCACAACCGUUGUUAUCAAUGCCUCGCCCUUGGUGCCACCUUAUACUGAAACGUUUGAAAGUAUCGCUGUCAACAAUCAAUUGCCCGGCUGUAUGACGUCAACAAAUCGCGGUACCAAUACCCAGACUUAUAUAGCCAACCAGGCCAAUGCAACCAACCAUACACCGGGUGGCUCUAAGUUUGGGGCUUUUUACUAUUCGCCUGCCGGUACCAAUGCUUUUUUUACACCUGCCUUUAGCCUGGUUGCGGGCACCAGCUACCUCGUUCGUUUCUGGUAUCGCGGCGCGGCUAAUGCGGCCACUUUCAGUUCUUUCGGUGCUUAUUAUGGCACUACUAAUACGGUUGCCGGGAUGACCAAUCUCAUCAAUACCGUGAAUCCUGCCAGUACUACGUACCAGGAGUUUGUAGAAACGUUUACACCUGCUACUACCGGCGUUUAUUAUAUCGGCAUCAUGGGUACGCAUACCGCCACGCUGUCCAAUACUUAUGUAUCCAUUGAUGAUAUCGGGGUUACGGCACUGGCGCCCUGCACCGGUCGGCCGGACGCGGGGACGAUCAGUCCUGUAACGCCUUGUGCCAAUCAGAAUUUUAUGCUGAGCCGCAUCGGUGGCACUUCGUCUACCGCUUUUGGCAACUUAACCUUUCAAUGGCAGGACUCCACCGCUACGAAUAGCUGGCAAAACAGCCCGGGCAUUUCUACCAAUGCCACUUAUACCGGUAAUAUAGCGGCGGCUACCAAGUUCCGCGUUAUUGUUACCUGUACAAAUUCGGGCCUGCGGGAUACCUCCGCCGUCUACCUGGUGAGGCUGGCCAGCUUCCUGACCUGUUAUUGCGUGCCUACCUAUAUUGAUGGCGGCGGAACGGAUAAUAUUACCAAUGUGGUGCUGAAGAACCUGGCCAACAAUACGGCUUCAGCCGGCAAUCCGGUCCCCUAUUACGUAAACUAUACCAGCCAGCAACCCGGUGCCUUGCCGAUCCCUAAUCUGGUGAUGGGAGAAACGGAUACCGUGAAAAUUACGUUUGGGACCGAUGGUACCCAGUACAGUGCUGUGUGGAUAGACUUUGAUCAUAGCGGCUAUUUUGAACCCAACGAAUAUUUCAGUAGCGCUAUGGUUGGUGCCAGUGCCACUGUACGUAUUCCUUUUACAACCCCGCUUACCGCAGAGCCUGGCCUUACCCGGAUGAGAAUCCGCGGCGGUGAUGAUGCGCAGCCAGGCAGUAUGCAGCCCUGCAAUGCCAGUAACUCUACGUUUGGUGAGGGCGAAGAUUACCUGGUUAAUGUGGUAUUCCCGCCUUGUACCGGACCGCUUAAUGCCGCGCCUGUAACCACCACAACGGCACCGAUACCGGCGGGCGGCUGGUUUGAGCUGACCUUACAAACUCCGUUUAUGUGGAACCGGUCUAACAAUCUUAUUGUUGAAAUAUCCCAGACUUCUUAUACCGGUGGGCUGACGAUUGCUUACAGCAGUGCCGUGGCCGGUGCCCGUCAUUACGGUGCCGUAACCAGCACUACCGGUACUGCGGGAGCGGGCCUGCUUAAUUUUGGUUUCGACCUCGUGACCACUCCUUGUGCCGGUGUGCCGGUACCGGGUACUAUUGUUUCUACCCCUGCUAUACCAUGCCCUGGCACCAGUGUUUCACUGAGGCUGGAUCCGGGUAACCUGAAUAUCGGCAUUACCUAUCAGUGGGAAGAGUGGGAUGGCACUGGCUGGAUACCGGUGAUUGGUGGUACGGGUGCUACCGGUCCGCUAUAUACCACGCCGCCGAUCACAGGCCCCAAGAGAUACCGGGUGAUGCUUACCUGUACCAAUGGCACUCCAAUGCCGGCACCUGCUUAUGCUCGUGAAAUAGCGCUGACAACGGCUCCGUUUAUCAGCUGUUAUUGCAUCCCUACUUAUGCUACGGGGGCAGCUGCCAAUACGAUCACCAAUGUUACCCUCAAUACGCUGAACAAUACAUCGACCGGCGCUGCGCCCUGCAGUACCGUACGUAUACCCAUUCUGGCGCCAGCCGGUACGCAACAGGGACUUACCCGCAUGCGCAUCCGGGGUGCUGACCGCGGCCUUGUAGUGGGGACGGUACCUUGCGGACCUACCGGGACUGCUUUUGGUGAGGCCGAAGAUUACCUGGUGAAUAUCCAGGUGCCACCCUGCGCCGGGCCUGUGAAUCCGGGGAAGGUGGAAAUAUCAGAUACAGCAACUUGUGUUGGGUAUACCGUAGACCUGUGGGAUACGACACAUGAAUACCAGAUGUCGCGCAUGAGCUGGGUCUGGGAAAGAAGUGCCACUGGCAGUGGUGUCUGGACGUUGAUUCCAGGAUCUGAGAACAGGGAUUCGUUAAAGAAUGUACCGAUUACCGGCGCUGUACUUUUCCGCGUUAAAAUGAAAUGUGAUAAUACGGGCGACAGCACCUAUUCAAAUAUAGCAAGUGUCAAAAUCAAUAUGCCUUAUGCCUGUUAUUGCUAUAGCCAGUCAAAUGGUGGCGAGUCGGAUUCCUCGGAUAUCGGUUCUGUGGUUAUCGGUACGAUGAUCAAUACAACCGGCGGCCCGCACGUAGACAAUGCAACUGCCAUUAGAAGAAGAACUGACUAUACGGCCAUUCCUAAUAUUGAGAUGAAUGCAAAUAACAAGUAUCGCCUGGCUAUUUUCCAUACACAGAGAAAUGGACGCCAUGCCGAUGCAAGGGUUAGCGUAUUCGUUGACUAUGACAAUAACCUGGCUUAUGAUGUGAAUGCAACUCCGAACAGCGAAUUGGUCUAUUCUGAUGUUACAAGAGGCAAUUACUUCUACCUCGAUACGGUGAUUGAUGUGCCGGAUGUGGUAGUACCCAAUGUACCAACCGGUUUGCGUGUUAUUCUGAACAAUGAUUUAAACCCAUUGUCGCCUGCAAACCUGGGCUGCGGACCUUAUGUGUCUGGUGAAACAGAAGAUUAUGUGGUAAUGUUUAAGAGAAUACCACAGCAUGUGGGCGGGGUAGGUAUUGAUUAUGUAUCUCUGUACCCGAAUCCUUCCAACGGUAAAUUCAUAGUGAGCGUAGGUGCGCCAAAAAAUAUGGGUGAUAUCAGGAUCUCGGUAACCUCUAUUACCGGGCAGCAGAUUCUUAAUGCAUCUUACCAGGCUGCGCAUACCAAGUUUGUCAAAGAAUUAGACCUGGGUAACGUGGCAAAGGGUGUCUACUUUGUGGAAGUAAAUACUGUUUCCGGUGCCCGGAUGGUUCAAAAGCUGAUUGUUCAAUAG